AUGAGCACCACCACUUUCACAAACAGCUCCUCAAGCACCUUUCCUCCAUCCACAUUCUCCAUCAUAGCCCUCAGAACACUAGAGACCCUAGAGAACGUGGUCAUGGCCCCCUUGCCUCAGGGUCCUCUCUCAGCCAAUGCCCGUGCUCAGCUUCAACAAGAGCUGGAACAGAUCCGCAACAGGACUGCAGAGUUCCAGCAAGCCUACAAUGCUGCACAUGCCUCCAUCCCAGGCUAUCAACAACUAGUCUUGACUACUCACGCACAGGUCGCUGCAGCAAAGCAGGCUGUCCUACAGGCCAAAGGAAUCACCACAUCCUCGGCCUCCUCAUCCGGCGCCAGUUCCGGCUCAAAUUCCAAUGCAUCCUCUCCUCCCUCACCCUCACCGCUCUCCAACAGCAAACCAGGAAUCCAGUCCGAGUCGAACCUGAAGCGACUGGAGCAGGAACAUGUAGACCUUGGCCUAAAAUUGUCCCAAGUCUUGAGAGACAAAGCCGAGGCUGAAGAGACCAAGAAAAGAUUGAGUGAUUAUAUUGCUCGUGCAAAAUCAAGGAUUAAGGAAAUCGAGCGGAGGCUUCAGGAAUAA